GUGAAGGGAGAAGAUGAGGAAGAGAACCAUCUGGAAGUACGAGAAACCAAAAUUAAGGGUAAAAGUGGUAGAUUCUUCAUGGUCAAGCUACCAGUUGCUCUCGAUCCUGGGAUGAAGAUUUCAGUCAUUUUGGAAACAGUCUAUACCCAUGUGCUUCAGCCAUAUCCAACCCAGAUCACUCAAUCAGAGAAACAGUUUGUGGUGUUUGAGGGAAACCAUUAUUUCUAUUCUCCCUAUCCCACAAAGACACAAACUAUGCGUGUGAAGCUUGCCUCUCGAAAUGUGGAGAGCUACACCAAGUUGGGAAACCCCACACGAUCUGAGGACCUCCUGGAUUAUGGACCUUUCAGAGAUGUCCCUGCCUAUAGUCAGGAUACUUUUAAAGUACAUUAUGAGAACAACAGCCCUUUUCUUACUAUCACCAGCAUGACCCGAGUCAUCGAGGUCUCUCACUGGGGUAAUAUUGCUGUGGAAGAAAAUGUGGACUUGAAGCACACAGGGGCUGUGCUUAAGGGACCUUUUUCACGCUAUGAUUACCAGAGGCAACCCGAUAGUGGUAUAUCCUCCAUCCGUUCUUUUAAGACCAUUCUUCCCGCUGCUGCCCAGGAUGUUUAUUACCGGGAUGAGAUUGGCAAUGUUUCCACCAGCCACCUCCUUGUUUUAGACGACUCUGUAGAGAUGGAAAUCCGGCCUCGUUUCCCUCUUUUUGGAGGGUGGAAGACCCAUUACAUCGUUGGUUACAACCUCCCAAGCUAUGAGUACCUCUAUAAUUUGGGUGACCAGUAUGCAUUGAAAAUGAGGUUUGUGGACCACGUGUUUGAUGAGCAAGUGAUAGAUUCUCUGACUGUGAAGAUCAUCUUGCCCGAAGGAGCCAGGAACAUCCAAGUUGACAGUCCCUAUGAAAUCAGCCGUGCCCCAGAUGAGCUGCACUACACCUACCUGGACACAUUUGGUCGCCCUGUGAUUGUUGCCUACAAAAAAAAUCUGGUAGAACAGCACAUUCAGGACAUUGUGGUGCACUACACAUUCAACAAGGUGCUCAUGCUGCAGGAGCCCCUGCUGGUAGUGGCUGCUUUCUACAUCUUGUUCUUCACAGUCAUCAUCUAUGUCAGGCUGGAUUUUUCUAUCACAAAGGAUCCGGCUGCGGAAGCCAGGAUGAAGGUGGCUUGCAUCACAGAGCAGGUCUUGACCCUGGUCAAUAAGAGACUAGGUCUCUACCGUCACUUCGACGAGACUGUCAAUAGGUAUAAGCAGUCCCGGGAUGUGUCCACCCUCAACAGUGGCAAGAAGAGCCUGGAGACGGAACACAAAGCCUUGACCAGUGAGAUUGCACUGCUGCAGUCCAGGCUGAAGACGGAGGGCUCUGACCUGUGCGAUAAGGUGAGCGAAAUGCAGAAACUGGAUGCACAGGUCAAGGAGCUGGUGCUGAAGUCGGCAGUGGAAGCUGAGCGGCUGGUGGCUGGCAAGCUCAAGAAAGACACGUAUAUCGAGAAUGAAAAGCUCAUCUCAGGAAAGCGACAGGAGCUGGUCACCAAGAUUGACCACAUCCUGGAUGCUCUGUAGGCCCUGCCAGUUGUCUACUGGGUGGGCCCAGGGCGCUGCACUUACGGCAGGUGUGUGUGUGUGUCGGGGGGGAUGAACGUUGAGGCCAGUGAAUGCUGGCGUCUGUAUUUUAUAAAAGGCCUUCAAGGAAGAGAAGCCAGGCCCUGCCUUAGACAAAACAAGAAGCUUAGUUUUUUCCCCUAAACUGUUCCUUUAAAAAAAUGUAAAAACAAACAACUGAAA